AGUUGUUUUCCCACGCGCCAGCCCCGUUGGCGCUCGUGGAUGUGCGCGCGGCUGGUGCUGAUGUGAUGUAGUUUCCUUAGACGUUUUCAUAGCAUCAUUGCUGCUAGCCGACUACCGAUAUGAUGUAAACUCUCGACUCGUUUCACUUUACUUUAAACGUGUCGUCGGAAUAUGUAGGUGAGGUCCCAAAGGACAUUUUUAAUAUUUGCGUCCAGCUUAUUAAAAGGCGUCACUGCGUUAUUAAGGCUAAUGGCGCUAGGCUAACGCGCUAGCAGUGAGCGUUCCCCGUGUCAGUCUAAUUUUCGGAUCAUUUACGUCGUGUGGUUGUAAUCCAGAGAUUCGUUACAGGCAGUCAUGGCUGGCGACAUGUGAAAGUGGCAUUUAUACGUAACUGACAGUAAGGCUAGUUAUUAACGACCUGCGUCUGCGGAGUGUGGAGAAAUGAACACGCCGCUCGGAAGGAAUGGGUUAAUCGGGCUUGCUGUCGGAGCUACAGCCGGCUUGGGCUUGAUUGCCUUCCUAAUUUACAGAGAGAUCAGUAGGAGAAAACCCCAGAGAGUGGUGCUGGAGGCCCAGCCGGCCCCCCGGCUGUUUGAUGGGGCGGAUGGAGCAGCGCUGCUGCGGGAGACGCUGGAUGCACAGGAGGUGGAGGCCCAGCAGCAGGCUCUGGCAGCAGUGGAGGCAGUGGUGCAGGGCCUGUCCCCCGAGCAGCAGCUAGAGCUCAGGAACCAGCUGGACCAGUUGCUGAGCUGCGUGGGCUCGCUGCGCUCGGAGGUGGCUGAGCUGAGGGGCGGCCUGCAGGACAUCGCCUUGCAGAUCAUCCAGGAUGUCAAAAAGGGAGUGGAGGACAAUCAGCGGGUACGCCGGCGGCGCCAUGUCGUCCACAGGGAGCGCACUGACUCCACCGGCUCUAGCUCCAUCUACUUCACUGCCAGCCAGGGCAUGGCCAGCACGUUUGAAGAGACCAGCGAAGGCGGGUACUCGACGGCCUACGCCGAGUCAGACUACACAGAUCGGGACACAGACCGAGAGGAGGGGGAGCGGGAGCCUGAACAGGAGUCUGAGGAAGAGGAGGACAGGAGCUGUGCCACUGUCCUCACCCUCCGCCAGGAAGACUCCCAGGAAGAAGACGUGGAGGAGGAGGAGGAUGGGGAGGAAGAUGAGGGGAGGCUGCAGCUGGUGACUGAAGUUCCCAGUGGGGAGCUGGCUCUCCUCCUGGCUCAGAGUGACAUCCUCCACACAGGAGACGCGAGUUUAAAGGCAGAAGGCUUUCGCCUGCUGCUGGACAACAGAGCAGAGUAUGGAGACAGCAGGGAGUUUCUAUGGCGACUGGCUCGGGCCUACAGUGACAUGUACAAGUCCACUGAGGACAAACAAGAGAAGAAGACCUAUGCACAACAAGGUCGAGAGGAGGCAGAGUCGGCCCUGAAGAAGAACGGCCUGAACGCUGAGUGUCACAAAUGGUUUGCUGUGCUGAUGGGACUGACCUCCCAGCAUGAGAGCAUGCAUAGCAAACUGAAGAGCAGCCACAUAUUAAAGGAGCAUCUGGACCGUGCAGUCGCCCUCAGAGACGACGACCCCGUGUGCUUCUACCUGCUCGGCAGAUGGUGCUACGAGGUAGCCUUUCUGGACUGGUUGGAGAAGAAGGCAGCUGCUGCCCUCUACCAGAGCCCCCCCACCUCCACACUGCACGACGCCCUCGAGAACUUCCUCAAGGCAGAGGAACUCAGCCCAGGUUUCUCCAAGACCGUGAGACUUUACAUCGCAAAGUGUCACAAGGAUCUGGGAAACAUCUCUGAGGCCACAAACUGGACUGAGCUGGCUCUGAAGAUGCCCACCAGCACUAAUGAUGAUGAAGAAACGUCGACACUGGAGGCUCAGCUUCGUGUCUUAACGGACAGAAAAAUCUGAACCAUUGCGUUCCUGCUGAGAUCAGCCGAUGGCACCGAUUGGCUAGUCAGGCCGCGUCGUUGGAUAUCUUUGUCAUACUGUCACUGUGAAAUAAUAUGGAGUUUAUUGAUGUAUAUUUAUUUUCCGCAAACUUUAUUAUGGCUUAAUUGAGACAGUAUCACAGAGUAACCUAAUGUGAUGUGUUUCUCACAUUUAACUAUUUGUUUGCCUUUUUAACUGAUUAAAUAAGUUUUGUUUUUCAGCACCAUCAUCUUAACUGAACAGGCGUACUCCAUGAGUCCACCCGAACACAAGGCUAGAUAUACUAGAGGUGGGUUCCUACGUGGGGGCUAAUGGGGCCAAAGCCUGCUCCACAGGUUCAGGACGCCACGUUUGGAAGAGAUUUGAGUUCAGAGGGGACUGAUAGUAAAAUGAUCUGGAAACAGAGCUGGUAAUCCAGUUUGAUCAGGGACGUUUAAGAGCUUUAAGGGAAAGAGGGACUUCAGGAAUUACUAGGACAAAUACAUCUAAUUUUUCUCUUCAUGGAUUAAAAGUUGUUCUUAUUUGUAUUGUACUUCCUUUCUUCUCAUUCUCUGCUGCUGGGUCCACCUCAGUCGCUCUUUGACAGAUGUUUGUUUAGUGGAGAUAAAUGACUCUUAAUGUAGAUGUAGUGAAAACUAGGCUUUUCAGUUCCACUCCAACUUCAAAUCGCUGAACGGCCCUCCAAUAGAGGGUGGAGUAUGAAGCAACUGGACCACACGCACUUUGAGUCUCGGCAGCCAUCAGUAAAAUGACAUGGAGCCUCCUGUUUGGUUGGGACUGGAACAGCACCCUUUGUGUGUUUGCAUUCCUGUUCUUUUUCUGAAGUGAAAUAAAGCUGCAGAUUAUCACUUUGAGCUAACACACUUUAAUGGCACCUUUUCUAUUUUUACUUAGUUCUUGUUGGGUUAACUUUGCAGUCAUGUCGUGUUCACUUCCCUCAGAAUUCUGAUCCCACAGCGAAGAGUUAAUAUGCACUUAGACACGUGGAUAACAUUGAAUAAAAUUCUUUUUGUA